AUGGCACGUAAAGAAGAUCAUCAUCAACAGCAACGUCAAAUUCAUUAUGCUACUAUUAUGCCAUCAAAUUCUUCUACUAAUGGCAAUCGUUCGAAUGAAUCACCUGCUACACGAAAACAAACUGAACUUGAACGAGCUAAAGCACUUUAUGUCGAUUUUGAAGAUGCUUUUCAAGAUGAAACAACAAAUCACGAUUAUUUCGGUCUUCAGUCUCGUCAUUCUUCUUCUGAACAUAAUCAACAAAAUUCUCAUGAACCAGCAAAUUUUUAUCUACAAUCUGUUGAAACUAUUUCUGAAGUGAAAAAUACAAAUUUUUCACCAUUUAUUCGUUAUCAAGCAUCUCGUGAAAGUAGUCGUCCAUCGACACCAUCGGAUACACCACCUUAUCAACCACGAAAUAAUCAUAGUACUAAUCAACUUCCUCCAUUAUCACUGUCUUCUCAAAAUCGUCGUUCAUCGAAUUCAAAUAUUAUUGCAAAUCUUAAUGAAGAUUUUGCUAAUUUAAAUUUUAUGCAUACAAGUGAUAUUGACGAUGCACCAGCUCCAUUUACACCCGAUGCUAUUCGAAUACAAAUAAAACAGACCGAUAGUAUUCCUAUUAUGUCAUCACAAUUUAAAUUGAUACUGCCGCAAUAUUUUCUUGUCAAGUAUUUAGGUCGAACAAAAUGUCCUCAAUUAUGGGGUUCUACAGCCGUACGCGGUCCUAUCGAUGACAUGGUACAUAAUGCACGAAAAUUAUCAUCAGUGAAUGAUAUACCAACAUUAGAAGCGUGUAUUAAUACACGUGGACUUACACUUACACAUCGUCAUUCACCUUCACAUCGUAGACAGCAUUCACGUAGUCAUAGUCCUGAACGACAUCAAAAUGGGCUUAUCCCAUUAGAAUAUAUAUCUUAUGUUAUGCAUGAUAUCAAGUAUUCGAAAGUUUCGGCUUGUAUAGUUUUACGUCAGUUGAAAACAUCAUCAUCUUCGGAUAAAAAGAAUAAUCAUGAAACAUUAACUGAAUGUUAUGCAUUCUUAUUUCAAUCGAAAGAACAUGCACAUCGUUUUGCUCUUUCACUUGCUGAAGCAUUUAAUUCACAAAAAAGUUCAUCAAAAGGAGCAAAACUAAAUGAUGAUGAUAAAAAAGAUGGACGUUCACCUCAACGUCGAUCAAAACAUCGUAGUCAUCAUCAUGAUAAAGUACGUGGUAAAUAUGAUGAUAGUUAUUUAAGAGAUUCCGAAGUGUGA